ACGACACAAACAAUGGUAGCGAAAGGGAGCGGGAUGGAGUCGGUCGCCGUGGUGGCCGUGCCGUUCCCGGCGCAGGGCCACCUGAACCAGCUCCUGCACCUGUCGCUGCGGCUCGCGGCGCGGGGCCUGCCCGUGCACUACGCGGCGCCCGCGGCGCAGGCCCGCCAGGCCCGCGCGCGCGUGCACGGCUGGGACGAGGCCGCCCUCGGCUCCGUCGAGUUCCACGAGCUCGGAAUCCCCGAGUACGUCUGCUCACCGCCGGACCCCACCGCGCCCUCGCCGUUCCCCACGCACCUCAUGCCCCUGUUCGAGGCCUACACCGCCGGCGCGCGCGCCCCGCUCGCGGCGCUCCUCGCCAGGCUCUCCGCCUCCCACCGCCGCGUCGUCGUCGUGCACGACCGGAUCAACGGGUACGCCGCCGAGGAGGCCGCGCGGCUGCCCAACGGCGAGGCGUUCGGGCUGCACUGCCUGGCCGCGUCGACGCUCGCCGGCAAGAUGGAGGCCGGGCUCCCGGUCCUGCGUGAGCGUGGCCUGGUUUUCCUCGCCACCGACGCGUGCGCAUCGAAGGAGUUCGUGGAGUACGUCGUCAAGCGCGCGAGGCCGUCGAAAGAGAUCUCGCCUGGCGCGGGCAUCCUCAUGAAUACAUGUCGCGCGCUCGAGGGCGAGUUCAUCGACGUCGUUGCUGACCACCUGGCCGCCGACGGCAAGAAGUGUUUUGCCAUCGGGCCCUUAAAUCCAUUGCUCCACACGGACGCGCAAGAGCAGAGCAAGCCGCGGCACGAGUGGCUGGAUUGGCUGAACAAACAGCCGCCAGCGUCGGUACUCUACGUGUCGUUCGGCACAACGUCGACGCUGCGGACGGAACAAAUCGCUGAGCUUGCAGCAGCGCUGCGCGACAGCAACCAGCGGUUCAUCUGGGUGCUGCGCGACGCAGACCGCGGCCAUGAAUUCACGGGCCACGACGAGAGCCAGAGCAGACACGCCGAGCUGCUCCCCGAGUUCACGAAGCAGACCGAAGGGAGGGGCCGGGUGAUCACAGGGUGGGCGCCGCAGCUGGAGAUCCUGGCGCACUGUGCCACUGCGGCGUUUAUGAGCCACUGCGGCUGGAACUCGACGGUAGAGAGCCUGAGCCACGGGAAGCCUAUCCUGGCGUGGCCCAUGCACGGGGACCAGCCGUGGGACGCGGAGCUGGUGUGCAAGUACCUCAAAGCGGGUAUCCUCGUGCGCCCUUGGGAGAAGCACGGUGAGGUGAUUCCGGCGGAGGCCAUUAGAGAAGUCAUCGUGACUGCCAUGGUUUCUGAAGGAGGAAUGGCAGUGCAGCAGCGAGCAAAGGUGCUCGGAGAGGCCGUCCGUGCUUCCCUUGCCGACGGCGGUUCAUCGCGGAAAGACUUGGAAGAUUUCAUUGCCCAUAUCACGGAGUAAUCAUUUAGUUUGAUUGGAAUUGAAGUUUAUCGAGCACUUUCAAACUUGUGCUCACUUUUGCUCUUGGGCGGGCGAUUCAUGUAGCAACAGGAGCAUCUGCUCUAUUUUUUCAUAUAAAAUGGCAAAUCAUCACAGAAAGUGGAAUUUUCAGAGGAAAAA